CGGCGCGGCGUGCGGCCAUGUCCCCGCGGAACGGGCGGCGCACCGGGGCGCACCGGGCGCACUCGCUCGCCCGGCAGCUGAAGACGAAGCGGCGCCGGCGCGACCUGGACGAGAUCCACGCGGACCUGAAGCCCGAGAACGCGGCGCGGCUGCUGCGGCAGGAGAUCGACCCCGACCUGCCGGGCUGCGCCCAGUUCUACUGCCUGCACUGCGCGCGUUAUUUCGUGGACCUGAACAGCAUGAAGGAGCACUUCAGAUCCAAGGUGCACAAGAAGAGGCUGAAGCAGCUGCGCGAGGCUCCGUACACGCAGGAGGAGGCAGAACGCGCCGCCGGGAUGGGCUCCUACAUCCCCCCAAAGAAGGUGGAGGUGCAGACCCAGCCCCUCGAGGAGGUCACCGAGAUGGAGACGUCCGGCUGAGCGCAGGGAUAAGGGACUGAGGGGCUCUGUAAAGACGUCUUUGUCCUCCUGCUCUGUGAGAAAAACGUGUCCCAGCACCGCCAGCCAAAACCACCCCGCUCCUCCCACAGCCCCCCUGGGCAGGACAACGAGGAGGAGAAGCCAGCCAGCCCCUGGGUGCCCUCACGAGUGUCCUCAUUGUCCACAAAGGGACAGGUCGCUUGUUCUCUGAGUGCUGGUGGGACUGCUCGCUUGUCUGUCUGCUUCUGGAGCAGUUCCUGCUCUGCCCUUGGGACACAGGUUAUUCCAUACCCAUUAAAAUGUGUCAACUAACA